CGAGUAUCAAAGCUACUUCAUCUCAAGGGGGGUAUUACAGCCUUUCAACAUAUGCAACAUCGAUUGCAGAGAUUUCGUAAUGUGGCAUAUACAUGCACAUCACUUGAGUGUGAAAAUAUAAUUGAAAAUCUCAAUGAUUACAAUGCGAAGCCACUAAUUUCUCUUGGAGGUUGCGAAAGCUUUACGAUUUUGCUAAAAGGUCGCUCCACCGCCCAAUUAAAACUGAUGAAACAGAUCCUCAAAACAGGGUACAAUCUGUUUAGAAACGAGCUCCUUUCAUCCAACUAUUUCAUAGUCACGUUGCCACCUUUAAAGAUCAUACCAUGGGAAAUGGAUGGAGGCCAAGACGAAGUAGUAACAAUCCGUGAAGAAGAAGUAUCAAGCUACAUCGCUUAUUCCCUUCAACAAGUUGAAGUUCACGAUGAAUCUUCAGAGUCCAGGCCCAAGAAUCCCGUCUUCUGUCAACAUCGAGAAAGCUUUCUUGAGCUUAGCAGAGACUGCAACAUGACAGAACCUCAUUACAUUUCCUCACUCAGCCGGUGCGAUAGGUGGGAUGCUAAAGGUGGGAAGAGCGGAGCUAUUUUUUCCAAAAGCAGAGACACAAGGUUGAUCAUCAAAGAGAUCAACCAAGCUGAGUUUAAUUCAUUUGACAACUUUGGCCCAAUGUAUUUCAAAUACAUGAAGGAAGCCAAGAAGACAUUUCUGGCCAAAAUCUAUGGCUUAUACAAGGUGGCUUUGGGUCAGACAAAGUUCAUAAUGGUGAUGGAGAACUUGAACUUUAACCGGGUUAUAGCUAUGCAGUACGAUCUCAAAGGAUUGGUUCAUGGUCGUUUUGCACCACACUCAGCUCAAGUACUUUUAGAUCAGAAUUUCUUGAGUGAUUAAGACUCCAUAUCAACCCAUAAUCGAAACAACAAGACUGAUUCUUGUCACAAAAUCACUGACUGACUGAUUUUUGUUUUAUAUGUUGCAAUAUGCAUUUAUAAAAUAAAAUAUUCAUAUAACUCAAAUUUGUUACUAAACUAGUUUAUAUAUUAAUAUGAAU